AUGAUGUCAGUGACGCUUGGUAGAGCAAUGACCGCUCUGCUCUCCGCUCGCCCCAGAAAGCUAAACGACGCCGUUUCUCGACUCUCCCCUCACCCCCUCAACUCAAUCGGUCACAUCUCCAUUUCAGCUUCUCUCGAUGACUCCCUGCGGUUCUUGCACAAGUACCUAAACGACGCCGCUGAGAAGAACGAGCCCCUCCAUGAAAUUCUCAUCCCCAUGCUUGAAAAUUCAUUGCGGUACAAGGACACGAAGAACGGUGGCCAAUCCAUGGUGCUUUUGAACUGGCUUUUUCAAGACGAUUUUCUCUUCCAAGCUAUUGCAACGGACUUGGCUAAAGUUAUUUCGACGAAAGAUGAUCGCUUUAUAGCGCUUGGCUGGUGUACCCUUGUGCGUGCUCUUUUGGACCACGAGACUGCUAUAACCCAGUUUCCCAUGAAUGGAAUAAUGGAGAGAUACAGUGAUUUGUUGAAGAUACUCUCUUCGUGUAUUCCGCACCUGUCGCAUAUUGUCGAAAAAGGAAGCACUUUGCAGGAAGGACAUGAACUGCCAUCUCGGCUUGCUGUCUCUGCUGCUGAUUGUUUUUUGGCUCUCACAGAAGCAUUGACAAAAAAAGCAAAGGUUGCAAGUAACAAGCCCAAAUUGUCAGAUUCAAAUGCACCAAAACGACAGCUUACUUUAGUGGCCAUUGACAGUGGAGAAAAGAAAGCAAAACCAGCUUCUGAAUCUUUAGUAACCUCAAAUAUGGAAAUGGAAUAUAUACUCUGGGAUCAUUUAGAGGAACUUAUUUGUCUCGUGCAGAAACUCCUUGCUUGGAGCAGAAAAAGCCGAUCUUUACAUGCCAAAGGAUUGGAGCAAGUGCUUCAGUGGUUACUGGAGAUAAAAGGGCAUUAUCGCCACUUUGAAGUUGAGGCAGGUUCGAAGGUUAUCAAAACUGGAGCAUUGCUACUGUCUUCUUGUUGGAAGCAUUAUGGCAUGCUAAUGCACUUGGAAGAUCAGAAAUUUUCUCAUCAUUACAAAGAAUUAUUGGACCAAUACUUAGCAGGCGUACAGCUUUAUGCAGAUAAUUAUGCAGGAGGGCAUCCUGAGAAUAAGGAUGGUGGUGCAGAGACCAGAAAGUUUUUCCUAAAUUGUUUAUGCCUUCUAUUGGGGCGUUUUGACUGCAAGAAAUUUGAGACCAUAGUAUCAGAAUAUGGGAUGAGGAUAUCACAUGCUCUUUUACCACAGCUCCAUUCUUCUGAUGAUGAUGUGGUAGACGGGGUUGUUUGCAUACUCAAAGCAGUCAUUUUUAAGCCAAAAUCAUCUGGAAGCAGUCUCACUGACACUAGAGAGGUGGAUGCUAUGCUACCAUUGCUGAUUCACCUUCUAGAUGAACGGGAUGGCACAGCUAGAGCUGUUGUUAUGCUUAUAGCAGAAUAUUGUUUGAUGAGCAAAGACAGUCAUUGCUUUAAAGAAGUUCUGGAGCGCCUUACUUCUGGAAAUGUUCAACAGAGGACGAAUGCCCUUGAUGUUAUAUCAGAACUCAUUUGUAUGUCAUCAGAUUCAAAGGACAAACUUUCCCAGUUAUCAUGGCAAGAUAUUGCAAACCAUUUGCUUGAGCGACUUGAAGAUGAAGAAAUUGCAAUUCGGAAACAAACAUCCACUUUGCUUCCAAUGAUUGACCCUUCAUUAGUUUUGCCUUCUUUAGUUCAUCUAAUUUACUCAUCGGAUGAAAGAUUGCAAUCAACUGCGAGUGAUGCCUGUGUUGGGGUGCUCAAAUAUCAUAGCCAGAAUGCUGAAGUUAUAUGUAUGCUGCUUGACUGUCUUAGCAACCUCAGCCAAAGCAUAGAUCUUCAGACCACUGCAGGGGUUGUAGGAUCGAAAUUUGAUAGUGAUCAAGUGCUUAGGCUGAUUCCAGAGUGGUCUAAAAGUGUUCAAAGCUGGGACGUCUUGAUUGGACUGUUGAUUGAGAAGAUGUUUGCAGAGCCAUCAAAUGCAACAAUUGUCAAGUUUUUGAGUUAUAUAAGUGAGCACUUGGCAGAAGCUGCUGACGCAGUCCUCUCUUGUGUUCUAUUGCAUGCUAAGCCUGAUGAAAACAGCUUUUCUGGACGGGAGUGUCAAACCUAUAGAAGUGAUGACUCUGAAAAAAUGCAGCAGACCCUUUUUGAACACCUUUGCCCACUACUCAUAAUUAGGAUGCUUCCACUGAGAGUGUUUAAUGACCUUAAUUCAUCUAUAGUGUAUGGACAACUUUUCAAUCAAGGCAUUUUUCACGACUCUGGAGAUAUCAAUGCCAUCAGUGAGGAUUGUGUUACCAUUCUUCUUUUGAAAAGGACAUUUUGUGAAUUUGAAUUCAAUGAUGUACGGAAACUUGCUGCUGAGCUCUGUGGGCGUCUUCAUCCCAAAGUGCUAAUUCCAGUUGUCAGCUCCCAGCUAGAAAUUGCUACAGGUUCUUGGGAUAUACUAAAGAUUAAAGCUUGUCUGUUUUCAGUUUGCACUUCCCUUGUGGUCAGAGGCAGGGAAUCACUUUCUCAUCCUUUAAUGCUCAAAAUCAGAAAAAUAUUGGAGACAAUGCUUUUAUGGCCUUCUGUUGAUGGGGAUGAAGUAUCUAAAGCACAGCAUGGGUGCAUUGAUUCCCUGGCACUGAUGAUAUUUGCUGAGCUGCAAGAUCCGGAAUCAUUUAGCAUUGUUGGGAAGAAAGGUGAUGCUUCAUCAGGAAACUCCGUCCUCACCUAUGUGGUCAAUAAACUUAUACAAGAUAACCACCAACCUGUUUUAUCAUCCAACUUGGAUGAUGUGAAAUGCUCGUCUGAGGUGCCAGUUCCACUCUCAUUUUAUAUGUGCAUGGCUAAUGUUCUCAUCAGUGCUUGCCAAAAGAUAUUGGACUCAGGAAAAAAGCCUUUUGUUCGAAAAACUCUUCCAUGUCUCAUCCAUUCUGUUAAGGUCAUGACGAACUCAGAGAUAAGAGCUGCAUGCAUUCAGGUUCUCUUUUCAUCCGUGUACCAUCUGAAAUCUACAGUUCUUCCUUACUCAGCUGAUCUUCUUGAAGUCUCAUUAAAAGCACUUAGAAAAGGAUCAGAGAAGGAAAGGAUGGCAGGUGCAAAGCUAUUGGGGUCUCUUAUGGCUAGUGAUGAUGCAAUCUUAGAAACUAUAUCAGGAAGAUUAGUAGAAGCAAGAUCCAUACUGUCAAGUAUAUCUUUGACAGAUCCUUCAGUCGAGCUACGGCAAGUCUGCGGAAAGUUGCUAGCAUGCCUAAUCUCUUGA